CUCAGUGUAUUAGAAGUGCACUUGUUGUAUGUCUGUGGGGAGCAGGAGGAGAGAGCAGAGAGUAGGUCUUCAAAAUAACUUUAAGCUUUUCUCUCCCCCUCUUCAUUGCUGGGCUACCAAAGGAGAUACAUCAGAUUUUUUUUCCUGAAGCACAGAAUUGUGCGACGGGCAACUAGCAAUGGAUAUAGCUGGUUGUCGGCAAAGGACAGCUAUGGGUAAAGCAAGGGCACUGAUGAACAGCCGCCUUUUUAUAUUUCUUACCUUGGGCUGGUGCUUUUCAUGUGCACAUGGGGAAUCCUACGACUCUGCCUACCUGUACCGACACAGACCCAGGCCUGAUGCUGAGUCUAUUUUGGUGGCCAACAAUGGGGUCAGAGUGCCUUUUGGAAGAUCAGUUUUUUUGGACCCUAUCAAUGACCUGGUGACUGAAGUCCAGCCUGGAGACCGAUGCCAAAUCACAGUCCUGGACAAUGACCCUCUUGCCCAGAGACCAGGAAUUCUGUCCCCCAAGAAGUUCCCCUGCGCUUUUGGUGGAGAGGAGGUGAAAUACACCCACUUUGGGUCUAGGAGCCCUAACAUUGACCGCGUGAAGCUGCAGCUGAGGUACGACUCCCCGACCGACACAAUCGUCAUACCCUUUCUGCUGGAGGUGGAGGUGGUGUUCCAGCAGCUGGAGGUGCUCACCCGAAACAUGCCCCUGAUCGUGGACAAGCUAAACGGACUCAGCAGCCCCAUUGAAAAAAAGAGUUUGGAGUUUUCAUUUGACGACAGUGUCUCCUCGUGCAAGGUAACCACUCUGGUCGGCGCCGGUGGCCUUCCCAGGUAUGGCACUCUUUUGAAUUACACUGGCAAUGGGAAAAUGAUUGACUGUGAUGAUUUUGUUAAAGUGGGCAUUCGCUACAAGCACACUUCUACCAACGAGUCUCCUAACAGAGACUAUAUUCCAAUGUUGGUGGAGCUGCAGGACAAGGAAGGAAACACUGUUCAGCAGGAGCAUUUCCAGAUCAUGGUUAGAAUUAAAGAAGGCGUAGAGAAUACCCCUCCUAAACCCAGUUUUGUGGCGAUGAUGAUGAUGGAGAUCGAUCAGUUUGUGAUGACUGCUAUUACUAGUGAUAUGCUGGGUGGUGAGGAUAUUGAGUCUGACCCAGAUGACCUGAUUUUUAACAUUACCUCACCCCUGGGUGAUCAGCAAGGUUAUAUAAUCAGCACGGAUGACCAGAACCUGCCCAUAACAUCUUUUUACCAAAGAGACAUUAAAGAUUUGAAAAUAGCUUAUAAGCCACCAUCUGAAGACUCUGCCACAGAGAGAAUUUUCCAGAUUGAGUUUGAGAUUGUUGACACUGAAGGUGCAGUUUCUGACCCUUUUGCGUUUAUGAUUGUCGUAAAGCCCAUGAACACGUUAGCUCCGGUGGCAACUAAAAAUACUGGCCAGCUUUUAUUUGAAGGGCAGUCAAGAACGCUCUCCAGUACUCAGAAUUUAGAAAUCAGCGACGAGGACAAUCUUGAGGAUGUGAAAAUCACUGUUAUUGAUGGACUGAGGCAUGGCGAGCUGACGGUGCUAGGGUCUCGCAGGAAGUUCUUUACCCCUGCGGAUCUGGAGGCAGGCAUUGUUGUAUACCAGCAUGACGGCAGCGACACUUACAGCGACAAUAUUAUUUUCAGAAUGACAGAUGGCAGUAAUGAGGUUGAGUUUCUGUUCCCUAUUACCAUUGCUCCAACCGAUGACGAGCCCCCCAUUAUAAAUGCCAACACUGGACUUGUGCUUUUCAAAAAUGAAAUCAUGCAGAUUUCCCCCUUCAUUCUGAGUGCAACAGACAUUGAUUCUGAGGACUCCACUAUUAAAUUUAUCCUGGAGGCCCCUUACUCAACACUGGGCGAGGUGCUUCUCAGGCAAGUGGAGCCUCCUGCAGACCCUUCAGUUUGGACAUUCAGUUCGACAGAUGAGAUGUUUGAGCAGGUGGUGACUGAGUGGUUCCAGCAAGACAUUCUUGACGGGAAGCUGUUUUAUCGCCAUAUUGGACCUCACCGCACAACCACAACCACAGACCAUUUUGUGUUCCGGGUCCAGGAUGACAACGACCCCCCAAAUCAGUCUGGGGAGCACACAUUCACCAUUAAAAUCCACCCGGUAGACGACCUCCCUCCAGAGCUUUACCCCAGCACCACUUUGCACAUGACUGUGAAAGAGUACGAGCUAACACCCUUUACAAAGAAGUUUUUGCGCUACACGGAUCUGGACUCAGAUGACAGAGAUCUUAAGUACAGCAUCGUCAGGCCUCCCACCGACACAGACGAGAACAACCCUGUCCCACUGGGUGAGAUCGUACUGACAGAGAGUCCGGAUGCUAUGAUCACAGAAUUCACGCAGGCUCAGGUCAAUCACCACAAAGUGGCAUAUAAACCCCCAGAUCAGGAACUAGGCAUCACCCCUAAAGUGGUCCAGUUUACCUUCACGGUGGAGGACACCGCUGGAAACUCUGUGGAUGGCCUCUUCACUAUUUUCUUACAGCCUGUAGACAACAAACCCCCCCAGAUUACCAACACUGGUUUCACUGUGUUAGAGAGGAGUACAUACGUAAUUACAAUUAAUGAACUUGAUGCAACUGACCAGGACACAGAUGAUGAUAAGAUUACUUUUGCAGUGACUCAGGUUCCCCGCUAUGGACAGCUUCAGUACUUAGGGGUUGACAUGUCAGCUGGUGAAACGUUUGAUCUGGCAGACAUUGACAGUGGCCGACUCGCAUACAUCCACAGUGGAGAGGAGUCGCUAAAGGACACUAUAAAAUUAGAUGUUACUGAUGGAUUCCACGAGGUUCCCAUCAUUAUCAAAAUCAACGUCAAGCCUGUCGAUGACGAAACGCCUACCAUCAUGCUCCCCUCGGGUCUGCUGGGGGCUUCCAUUGACGUGCUUGAGAACGGAGCAACAGAGAUCACCAGCAACGUCAUCCAGGGCAGAGACGAGGACACUGAUGACCUCAUGCUGACAUUUAUUGUGGAGGAACUACCGAAAUUGGGUGAGAUCAUGGUGAAUGGGGUUCCCACUGAGAAGUUCACACAGCAGGACAUAAUCAACGGGGUGGUUGUGUAUGCCCACACCAGUGGGGAAAUUGGACCAAUCAAGGAGCAUGACUCGUUCAACCUGACCAUCUCUGACAUGUCUGACGAGUGGGUCAUCGGGGGAAACAAAGUGCAAGGAGUCAGGGUGUACGUGACCAUUCUUCCUGUGGACAGCAUCGCCCCUAUUGUCAGUGUGGAGGACCAGUUUACUGUGGUGGAAGGGGAGAAGAAUGUCAUCACACUGGAGAACAUCCACGCGGAAGACAUGGACACAGACAAUGACGACAUCCUGUGCACCAUCAUCGUACAGUCAACAUCUGGCUAUAUCGAAAACAUAUCUCCAGCCCCGGGAUCAGAAAAGUCAAGGGCGGGCACGGCCAUCACUGCGUUCAGCAUGAAAGACAUCCGCCUCAAUCACAUUUACUACGUCCAGAGCAUUCACAAAGGUGUGGAGCCGGUAGAGGAUAGGCUGACAUUCCGCUGCUCUGAUGGCAUAAACUUCUCAGAGCGCCACUUCUUCCCCAUUGUAAUCAUUCCAGCUAACGACGAGAAGCCUGAAAUAUUUGUGCGUGAGUUUGUCGUCAUGGAGGGCAUGAGUUUGGUCAUUGACACUCCCAUUCUGAACGCGGCAGACGCAGACAUUCCAGGGGAUGAUCUGGACUUUGAGAUAACAAAACCUCCCAAACAUGGAACAAUAGUUCAGCAGCUAAGCACUGGCACUGUCCCUGUGGUCAAAUUCUCCCUGGAACAGAUCAAAGAAAGCUCCAAUAUUGUCUAUGAGCAUGAUGAUUCAGAAACUAAAGAGGACAGCUUUGAGAUAAAACUCACAGACGGGAAACACACUGUUGAGAAAAAAAUUCUCAUCAUGGUCAUUCCAGUGGAUGACGAGACACCAAGAAUGACUAUAAACGAUGGACUAGAGGUUGAAAUUGGUGAAACAAAAACGAUUACCAACAGGGUACUUAAAGCUACAGAUCUAGACUCUGAAGACAAAGACCUGACCUACAUUCUGCGAUAUGGGCCAAGCCAAGGCCAUAUUCAGCGCAUCACUAAGUUUGGAGAUGUAGUUGGAAACAUAACGAUCGAGAUGAACUUCACUCAAGAUGAAAUCGACAAACAGCUGAUCCAGUAUGUGCACACUGGUCAGGAAGGUGUUCGAGACCUCAUGAAAUUUGACGUCACAGAUGGCAUUAACCCCCUCAUCGACAGGUACUUUUACAUCAGCAUAGGAAGCAUCGACAUGGUUUUCCCUGAUGUCAUCAAUAAAGGAGUGACUCUCAAGGAAGGAGGUAGAGUGACACUGACCACUGACCUACUCAGCACCUCUGACAUCAACAGUCCUGAUGAGCACCUUAGUUUCAGCAUUACACGCGCUCCCAGUCGUGGCCACCUGGAGUGCACUGACCUCCCAGGUGUCCCCAUCUCUACUUUCACCCAACUGCAGCUAGCCGGCAACAAGAUCUACUACAUCCACACCUCCGAUGACGAGGCCAAGAUGGACAGCUUUGAGUUUGAGGUCACUGACGGCUACAACCCAGUUUUCCGGACCUUCAGGGUCUCCAUCACUGAUGUGGACAACAAGAAGCCAGUCCUCACCAUCCACAAUAUGGUGCUGGGUGAAGGGGAGGUGCGGUUAAUCACACCCUUCGAACUGACAGUGGAGGACCGUGACACUCCGGACAACCUCCUGCGCUUCAUAGUCACCCAGGUCCCUGUCCAUGGGCAGAUUCUGUUCAACGGCACGCGUAGCGUCACCACCUUCACCAAACAGGACCUGAAUGAGAACCUCAUCACUUACAAGCACGAUGGCACAGAGACUGGUGAGGACAGCUUCUCCUUCACAGUGACGGACGGAACCCACAACGAGUUCUACGUCUUCCCCGACACCGUGUACGAGACCCGGAAGCCCCAGAUGAUGACCAUCCAGAUCAGCUCAGUGGACAACGGCGUCCCUCAGAUUGUGAUCAACAAGGCGGCUCCCACCCUGAAGGUGCUACACACAGGCCACCUGGGCUUCGUCAUCACCAGCAAAGCCCUGAAGUCGGAGGACAGGGACAGCCCGCACAAAGUCCUCAAGUACGCCAUCAGUGAACCCCCGCUGCAUGGCUUCAUCAUCAAUACAGCACUUGGGAAUGACAGCAUCACAGCAUUCACACAAGCUGACAUUGAUGAAAUGAAGAUCUGUUAUGUGCUGCUCGAUGGAGACAAUGCCACCAGUGAUAUCUUCUACUUUACUGUUGCGGACAAUGGAGGAAACAAACUGAAGCCGCAGCCAUUUCGGCUCAACUGGGCUUGGAUUUCCCUGGAGAGAGAGUAUUACCUGGUGGAUGAGGACUCAAAGUUUCUGGAGGUGACCCUCAAACGCAGAGGUUACUUGGGAGAGACAUCUUUUGUCAGUAUCAGCACAAAGGAUGGGACUGCAGAGAAGGACAAGGACUUCCGCGGUAAAGCCCAGAAGCAGGUCCAGUUUAACCCAGGCCAGACCCGGGCCACCUGGAGGGUGAAGAUACACACCGACCUGGAGUUUGAGACCUCUGAGAACUUCCAGAUCCUGCUGUCCGAACCCGUCAUGGCGGUUCUGGAGUACCCAGACUCUGCCACUGUGGAGAUUGUGGACCCAGGCGAUGAGUCCACAGUCUACAUCCCUCAGUCAGAGUACAAAAUAGAGGAGGACAUUGGCGAGCUUCUGAUUCCCGUGAAAAGGUCUGGAGAUGUCAGUCACGAGCUCAUGGUCAUCUGCUACACACAGCAAGGCACUGCCACGGGCACCAUACCCAGCACGGUGCUGUCCUACUCGGACUACAUCAGCCGGCCGGAGGACCACACCAGCGUGCUGCGCUUCGACAAGGACGAGCGCGAGAAGGCCUGCCGCAUCAUCAUCAUCGACGACUCGCUGUACGAGGAGGAGGAGAGCUUCAACGUCACCCUCAGCAUGCCCAUGGGGGGCCAGGUGGGGCCCCUCUUCCCCAGCGCCCGCGUCGUCAUCUUGGCAGACAGCGACGACGAGCCUUCACUCUACUUCGGAGAGACAGAAUACAUGGUGGACGAGAGUGCAGGCUACGUGGAGGUGCGUGUGUGGAGGACUGGAACGGACCUUUCCAAGACGGCCACAGUGACAGUCCGCUCCAGGAAAACCGACCCCAUGUCUGCUGAAGCUGGCGUGGACUACGUGGGCAUCAGCCGAAACCUGGACUUCGCCCCUGGUGUCACCAUGCAGACAUUCCGCGUCACCAUCCUGGACGACCUGGGCCAGCCGGUGGUGGAGGGCCCGGAGCAGUUCGAGCUGGUUCUGCGGAUGCCCAUGAACGCCGUGCUGGGAGAACCCAGCAAGACCACCAUCACCAUCAACGACACGGUUACAGACCUGCCCAUGGUGCAGUUUAAAGACGCGGUCUACACAGUCGAUGAGGUGGACAGGCAAUUCAGCGCCAUCGUGUACCGCAGCGGAGACAUCGGGCUCAAGUCCACCGUCAGGUGCUACACCCGCCAGGGGUCAGCGCAGGUCAUGAUGGACUACGACGAGCGACCCAACACCGACGCCUCCGUCAUCACCUUCCUCCCAGGGGAGAGCGAGAAGCCAUGUGUGGUCACUCUGGUGGACGACUCCGUGUACGAGGAGGAGGAGGAGUUCCGCAUUGUGCUGGGAACCCCGAAGAGCCAAUCAGCAUUCGGCGCCGCUCUCGGGGAGCAGAAGGAGGUGGUGGUCAAAAUUACGGACGAUAAAGAUAAGCCCAUCAUCAGGUUUUCCGAGAUCAAGUACAGCGUCAGAGAGCCGCAAGUGCUGGGAGAAAUCGCUGUGGUGAAGAUCCCCAUCCUGCGUUUGGGAGACACGUCCAAGGUGUCCGUGGUAAGAGUCCACACCAAGGAUGGCUCAGCCACGUCCGGAGAGGACUACAACCCACUGUCUGAAGACGUGGAGUUCAAGGAGGGCGAGAAGGAGCACGUGGUGGAGGUCCAGGUGCUGUACGACGGCCAGCGGGAGAUGCGGGAGGCCUUCACCGUGCACAUGAAGCCUGACGAGUACAUGGUGGCGGAGACCCAGAUGAACAAGGCCAUCGUGUACAUCGAGGAGGUUGACAGCGUAGCCGACGUCACUUUCCCGGCAGUGCCGCAGGUGGUGUCCCUCCUCAUGUACGAUGACACCGCUCGCUCCAAGGACAGCCCCCACCCACCCACCGGAUACCCCAUCGUGUGUGUGACGGCCUGUAACCCCAAGUACUUUGAGUUUGACAAGACGGGCUCCAUCUGCGCGGCGGAGAACAUCAACGACACCAUGACGCAGUACCGCUGGCUGGUCAGCGCUCCGAGCGGCUCGGACGGCGUCUCCAGCCCCAUGAGGGAGGUGGACACCAACACCUUCUUCACCAACACCAAGUCCAUCACCCUGGACUCCAUCUACUUCCAGGCCGGCUCGCGUGUCCAGUGCGCCGCCCGGGCCUUCAAUGCCAACGGAGACGCCGGCCUGGAGCUCAGCAGCCCCAUUGUGGUCAUCAGCCGGGAGGAGGGUCUUUGCCAGCCCCGCAUCCCAGGAACGAUCGGCGCUGAGCCGUUCUCCGCCAAAAUCCGCUACACGGGCCCCGUGGACCCAGACUUCCCUAACCUCAUCAAGCUGACGGUGACGAUGCCCCACAUGGACGGCAUGCUGCCGGUCAUCUCCACCAGGCCGAUGUCCAACUUCGAGCUGACCCUGAGUCCGGACGGCACGCGCGUGGGGAACCACCGCUGCUCCAACCUGCUGGACUACAACGAGAUCCCCACCAGACACGGCUUCCUGACGGACAGCACCAAGAACCCCGAGAUCAUCGGCGAGACCUCCCCCUACCAGUACAGCACGGCCCUGCGCUCGGCCAACUCCCUGCGCUUCUACCGCAACCUCAACCUGGAGGCCUGCCUGUGGGAGUUCCACAGCUACUACGACAUGUCCGAGCUGCUCAACAGCUGCGGGGGCUCCAUCGGCACCGACGGACAGGUCCUGAACCUGGUCCAGUCCUAUGUGACCCUGCGCGUGCCCCUCUACGUCUCCUACGUCUUCCACUCCCCGGUGGCGGUGGGCGGCUGGCAGCACUUCGACCUGCAGUCCGAGCUGCGGCUCACCUUCGUGUACGACACCGCCAUCUUGUGGCAGGACGGCAUCGGCAGCCCCCCGGAGGCAGAGCUGCAAGGUGCCAUGUACCCAACCAGCAUGAGGAUCAAUGGAGAAGGUCGUUUGGUGGUCAACUUCAAGACAGAGGCUCGUUUCAGAGGGCAGUUCGUCAUGUCUCACUCAGGAACGUCCUUGUCCUCCAUGGUGAUGUCGCCUGACCACCCGGGCCUCACCUUCUCCCUGACGCUGAUCAGGACCGAGCCCACCUACAACCAGCCCAUGCAGCAGUGGAGCUUUGUGUCUGAUUUCGCCGUGCGGGAUUACUCCGGGACCUACACAGUCAAGCUCAUCCCCUGCAGUGCCUCUCCAAACAGGGAGUACAGCUUACCACCAGUAUGCCACCCCCGCGAACCCCUCACCUUCGACAUGGACAUCCGCUUCCAGCAGGUGAGUGACCCCGUGGCGGCCGAGUUCAGCCUCAACACUCAGAUGUUCCUGCUGUCCAAGAGAGAGCUGUGGCUGUCAGACGGCUCCAUGGGAUUCGCCGAAGGAGCGGACGUGGCCUUUUCAGAAGGAUCUCAUAUCUACGGGCGUGUGAUGGUGGACCCUGUGCAAAACCUGGGAGACUCCUUCACCUGCAGCAUCGAGAAGGUGUUCAUCUGCACUGGGGCGGACGGCUAUGUCCCCAAGUACAACCCCACCAACAGGGAGUAUGGCUGUCUAGCCGACGCCCCAUCUCUGCUCUACAGAUUCAAAAUCCUGGACAAAGCACAGCCGGAGACGCAGGCCACUCUCUUUGGGGAUGUCCGGUUUGAGGCCACCCUAGCCAUGGACACGCCAGGGGCUCUCAGUCUGGUCAAACAGGCCGGCUCUGAUGGGUUCUCCCUGUCCUCCUCUCCACUGUUCCAGGUGGCUGCCGGUCGGGAGUGGUACAUCCACACCAUCUACUCGGUGCGCUCCCAGGAGAACGCCCACCGCAACAUGGGAAAGAGGAGCCUGGAGUACCACCACAGCGUCUCGUCAGCGGGAGCGGGCCGGAGCCGGCGGGCGGUGGAGGACGAGGUGGAGGACGUGGUCGAGGACAUCGGCCCCGACAACAACAAAGGCACCAACAUCCAGCACAUAGCCCUGGACCGCUCGGACAGGCAGCGCGUGAGCCAGCGCCAGCCCUGGUCCGACGACGACCUCCAGGAGCACCCCCUGCUGGAGAGCUCGGGGAAGGCGUCCGGCACCGCCGCCGGCCUGCCCAUGAUGGUGGGGCUGGCGGGCCUGGUCCUGCUCCUCUGCCUGGUCAUCAUCGUGGUGGCGCUCCUGGUGCGGCGCAAGAAGCGGGACCGGCAGGGGAAGCUUCCUCCCUACUCCACGUCCUCCUGCUCAGCCUCCCGGGGCAGCAGCAGCAGCCGGGAGACCGUCAGCACGGGGAACGGCUCGGAGGUCUGAGCCCUCGGCCCCUAGCUCUCCCGACAGACACUCAGACAGUCCGUAUCCCUCCCCGGUGCCUCUUACCCACAACACUGCAAACCGCCAAACCGUUACCCACCCCGGAGAGGGCGGGCGCGCCUGCCAGCACGACACACUAUAACCGCGACACGCUGUCGCGUAGCGCAUUACUGAGGUGUGUCGGCCAUCCCGCCUAUGUACGAACGCACGAGUCCAUGCCGCUAGGCUAGGCGCCUUGUGAGUCUCCCAGCAACACGCAUACAUUUAGAACAGGCUGGACUCCCCCCCUGUACCAUCCUACACAUUUGUACAUGCUUGGCUUUUUUUUUUCCUUUUUAAAAAAAAAAAUACCCCUUCCGAAUUUAAAUAGUGUAGAUAUUAAGUGUUAUGUUCCUUUAAUAUCUCCUGCUGCCCGUUUCCAUGUUGAUCCCAGAGGGGUACACAGACUGUGAAAGAUGUCUUUUAGAUUAAAGUCAGACACCACUGCUUCUUGCAGCUGUAAUGGGACUCUGCUGGGUUCCUCUGAAAUCGUAUUUAUAUUUUCUGUGGAUUUUAAAAUUUAUAAGCAUUUCUAUCAUAGCAGGUGUCAAAACCCCACAUUUUGCUACUUCGAAUAAGAAAGCGCAGUAAUACUUUUGGAUUAAUUUUUUUUGUGCAUGCUCUUGGCGAAAAAUGCGUUUUCAGCGACUUGAUAGCUGAUGAACUGGACGAGCCAACGAGCUAGCCAUUUUGUUUGAAUAUCAAGACAUGUUAAGUAGUGUGAUUAACCUUUUAAAUAGAACAGGAAUAUCUGACCACAUACAUUCAUUUUCGAGAUGGUACUAUAUUCAGCUCCCAUGGGGGCUGGGUUCCUCUUUACACUGAAAAGCAGCUCCGUUAAGGCCUGUGCCCUUAUAACUUAAGAGAAUGCAUUAAUCAUAGUGUACAUUUGUUAGAGAAGUUUAAAUAAUAGUUUUUCCAGUCGAACUGAACAAACGAUUCAGUUGAAGAGGACCGGCUACACCGGAGCUGAUCAAUAAAUGUAUUUUUAUAAAAAAGGGAUUGUAAUAUGUAAUUACUGGUAUGUCAUCACUGAAGAACGUAACUAUUCUCAUUGUUUUUAUACAUGUUUUGGGGACUUUUGGAAUGCCGUCACAGUAUGUGUAUGUAUGUUUAUGUGCACAGUCAUUGGCAAAAUGGACGAAGGCAAAAAAUACAAAUGCAGCCAACUCCCGGGUAACUUGAAUAUUUUCAACGCAACUGUGAACCAGACAUUUUGUGCCAUUUGAUACUGAGUAAAUGAUCCCAAAGUUGUUUCAUGCCACUGCCCGAGAUGAGAUUUACAUUUUAUAUUGCAGUUUAAAGUCUCCCAUUUUCAGUCAAAAUUACAUUACUCCAUGCAUCAGGGCAAUGCGCUUGUUCCACUGAUCUCAGACUUUUUGGUAUAAAUGAAUAAAUAAACUUGCUAAAACGCAAAUUAAUUAGGCAUGUUCCACAAUGAGCGCAACCAGAGAUUCAGUAGUGUGUGAUACCUCUGACAGUAUUAAAGUGUUUUUCUUUUCUGUA